AUGGAACUAAACCAGCAAGUAUUUGAAAUGCUUAUUACACCUGAAGGCCGACUGAGAUCCCGGUGUUUGCUACUCUCGCUGCUGCUCCUCGCAGCCUGGGAGGCCGGGAGCGGCCAGGUCCACUACUCGGUUCCGGAGGAGGCCAAACACGGCACCUUCGUGGGCCGCAUCGCCCAGGACCUGGGGCUGGAGCUGGCGGAGCUGGUGCCGCGCCUGUUCCGGGUGGCGUCCAAAGGCCGCGGGGACCUUCUGGAGGUAAAUCUGCAGAAUGGCAUUUUGUUUGUGAAUUCGCGGAUCGACCGGGAGGAGCUGUGCGGGCGGAGCGCCGAGUGUAGCAUCCACCUGGAGGUGAUCGUAGACCGGCCGCUGCAGGUGUUCUACGUGGAGGUGGAGGUGAAGGACAUUAACGACAACCCGCCUGUGUUCCCCGUAAAGGAACAAAGAGUGUUGAUUUACGAAUCUAGGCUGCCAGAUUCGUUGUUUCCACUAGAGGGCGCGUCGGAUGCAGAUGUGGGCUCAAAUUCUGUCUUAACCUACACGCUCAGUUCCAACGAAAACUUCGCGUUAGAUGUGAAAACAAACAGUGAUGACAAUACACAAAUUGGGCUCGUGUUAAGGAAAUCGUUGGACAGAGAGGAAGUUCCUGAACAUAACUUAUUCCUCAUGGCCUCUGACCAAGGCAAACCUGAGCUCACUGCCACUGUUCAGCUGCUGGUCACCGUACUGGAUGUGAAUGACAAUGCUCCCAGUUUUGAACAGUCUGAGUAUGAAGCAAAAAUAUUUGAAAACUCAGAUAACGGAACAAUAGUUAUGAGACUGAAUGCUUCUGAUAGGGAUGAAGGAGCGAAUGGGGAGUUUUCAUACUCUUUUAAUAGUCUUGUUCCACCCAUGGUUAGUAACCAGUUUAGAAUAGAUCCAAAUACUGGAGAAAUAGUAAUUCAAGGGAAUAUAGAUUUUGAAAAUAUAAAGUUAUACAAAAUCCGUAUUGAUGCGACAGACAAAGGCCACCCUCCCAUGGCUGGUCAUUGCACCAUCUUGGUGAAAGUUUUGGAUAAAAAUGAUAAUGUCCCUCAGAUUGCACUGACUUCCUUAUCCUUGCCUGUCCGAGAGGACGCUCAUUUCGGCACUGUCAUUGCCCUAAUUAGCGUGUCCGAUCUCGAUUCAGGUGCCAACGGGCAGGUGACCUGCUCUCUGAUGCCCCAUGUUCCCUUCAAACUGGUGUCCACCUUCAAGAAUUACUAUUCAUUGGUUCUGGACAGCGCCUUGGACCGCGAGAGUGUGUCGAACUAUGAGGUGGUGGUGACCGCGAGGGACGCGGGCUCGCCUUCGCUGUCGGCCACAGCCAGCGUGUCCGUGGAGGUGGCCGACGUGAACGACAACGCGCCCGCGUUCGCACAGCCCGAGUACACGGUGUUGGUGAAGGAGAACAACCCGCCCGGCUGCCACAUCUUCACGGUGUCGGCGCGGGACGCGGACGCGCAGGAGAACGCGCUGGUGUCCUACUCUCUGGUGGAGCGGCGGGUGGGCGAGCGAGCGCUGUCGAGCUACGUGUCGGUGCACGCGGAGAGCGGCAAGGUGUACGCGCUGCAGCCGCUGGACCACGAGGAGCUGGAGCUGCUGCAGUUCCAGGUGAGCGCGCGCGACGCGGGCGUGCCGCCUCUGGGCAGCAACGUGACGCUGCAGGUGUUCGUGCUGGACGAGAACGACAACGCGCCCGCGCUGCUGCCGCCCGGGCCGGGUGGCAGCGGGGCGGGCGCGCUGAGCCAGCUGGUGGCGCGGUCGGUGGGCGCGGGCCACGUGGUGGCGAAGGUGCGCGCGGUGGACGCGGACUCGGGCUACAACGCGUGGCUGUCGUACGAGCUGCAGCCGGCGGCGGGUGGCGCGCGCAGCCCGUUCCGCGUGGGGCUGUACACGGCCGAGAUCAGCACGACGCGCGCCCUGGACGAGGCGGACGCGCCGCGCCAGCGCCUGCUGGUGCUGGUGAAGGACCACGGCGAGCCGGCUCUGACGGCCACAGCCACCGUGCUGCUGUCGCUGGAGGACAGCGGCCAGGCGCCCAAGGCCUCUUCGCGGGCGUCGACGGGCGCCGCUGGCGCGGAGGCCGCUCUGGUGGAUGUGAACGUGUACCUGAUCAUCGCCAUCUGCGCGGUGUCCAGCCUGUUGGUGCUCACGCUGCUGCUGUACACGGCGCUGCGGUGCUCGGCGCCGCCCAGCGAGGGCGCGUGCGGGCCCGGGAAGCCCACGCUGGUGUGCUCCAGCGCGGUGGGGAGCUGGUCUUACUCGCAGCAGAGGCGGCAGAGGGUGUGCUCUGGGGAGGGGCCGCCCAGGACCGACCUCAUGGCCUUCAGCCCCAGCCUUCCAGCUUGUCCAGUAGUGGUGGAUAUGGGCGAGCUUCAGGAUUUAAAUGAUGAUCGUCUUUUCAAAGAAGUAUUAGACUACCUUAAACUGGAAUGGCAUAUGUUCCCACAUUUAAAAGUUGUCCAGGGUCCAUCAGAGGACUGA